AUGAAAUUUACAAUUGAAAUUGAUGACAAUUAUAUUAAAAAUUUUAUAACAUUUAGUGGUUUAGCAAUUGUCGCAUAUGCAUACAAGAAUUAUAAUAAAGAAGAAUUAAAUGAAAAAUUAAAUAAUGCAAAAACUAGUUUUUAUAAGAUAGCAAAAAGAUAUUUCCCAUCAAAAUUUAAAUCAAUUGAAAAAGAAAUUAAUGAUGAAGUUACUGCAAUUAUUGCUGAAAAUUUCCCACCAAUGGAAGGUGUUGAAAAUCAAUAUGAAAUUCCAAAAAUUGGAAAAGAUACAAAAACAAUUUUAAAUCAUUUACAAAAAAUUCAUGAUAAAGAUAUUAAUCCUGAUGAUGGUAAAUUAUUUGCAUAUUGUUAUCCAACAAAUAAAAAACAUGAAGAUGUUGUAUUGAAAUCAUAUGAGAUGUUUGUGCAUUUGAAUGCAUUAAAUCCAUUAGCAUUUCAAAGUUUAAGAAGAAUGGAAGUUGAAGUUGUACAAAUGGCAAUUAAAAUGUUAAAUGGUGGAAAUGAAGCUAGAGGUACAAUGACUACAGGUGGCACAGAGAGUAUAUUGAUGGCAAUGAAAGCCUAUAGAGAUAGAGGAUAUGAAGUCGAUGGUAUUAGAGAACCAGAGGUAGUUUUACCAAUUUCAGCACAUCCAGCAUUUGAAAAGGCUGCAAAAUAUUUUGGAAUUAAAACUAGAUAUGUUCAAUCUGUGGAUCCAGUGAGUGAUUUAGUGGAUUUAAAAGAAUAUGAAUCAAAAAUCAAUAGAAAUACCAUACUAUUAGUUGCAUCAGCUCCACAAUAUCCUCAUGGAUUAAUGGAUCCAAUCGAGUCAAUUGGUAAAUUGGCAGAGAAAUAUAGAAAACCAUUUCAUGUUGAUGCUUGUAUUGGUGGUUUCUUUUUACCAUGGUUAGAGAAAUUAGGUUAUCCAAUUCCAUGUAAAUUUGAUUUUCGUGUUCCAUCAGUCACAUCGAUUAGUGCUGAUAUUCACAAAUAUGGCUAUGCAACAAAGGGUUCAUCAGUUUUGUUAUUCUCUUCUAAUGAAUAUCGUAAAUAUCAAUUCAUUGCCUAUACUCAAUGGCCAGGUGGCUUAUUCGUCUCUCCAUCAAUGUUGGGAACUCGUUCAGGUGGCAAUAUAGCAGCUGCUUGGUCAUCUUUAGUCUCGAUGGGUGAGAACGGAUUCAUGGAAUAUGUUGAUAAAAUUAUGAAAACCUCAAUUGCAAUUCAAAAAGGUAUCGUCUCAUUACCAUUGGGUAACGUUGAAAUUAUUGGUUCAAAUCCUGUAAUGUCAAUCAUUUCAUUGAGAUCUAAAGUUGUCAAUAUUCAUGCGGUUGCAGACUCUAUGGAAAAACAUUUCUCUUGGAAACUUGAAAGACAACAUAGACCAAAUAGUAUUCAUAUGACUUUAACACCAUCUCAUAUUGGUAUUGAAAAGGUUUUCUUGGAAAAUUUGAAAUUCUCAAUUCAAGAAGUUAUGGCUGAUCCAAAUUUAAGUAAAAAAGGUUCUGCUGCUAUGUAUAAUGGUAUCAAUAAUAUACCUUUAACUGCAAUAGCUGAUGAUUUCUUAAUUGAAUUUUUAUCAAAAACUUAUUCAACUUAA